AUGGCAUAUCAAGAAGUUAUUAAAAUGAAACAAUGUCAAACAAAUAAUUUAUCUAAAGUCUUAGAUAGUUUAGCAGGUUUAUUAGAAUAUGGUAAUACAUUUCUAAAUUUAGAAGUUGAAUUAUUGGCAUAUAUUGCUCUGAUAUCUGAAGUUAUGGAAAGAUUUACGUUAAGUCAAAUAGAACGAUUUGAUUUUUAUGAAGCGUGGCUCGAAAUUGAAGAAUAUACUGGAUUUCCACAAGGUCAAAGUGGUAUAUUACUUAAAUUAUUACAUCGAAUUCAGUUAAAUAAUAGAAUUUCGUUUAAUCAAUGUAAUGAGCUAAUAAAAGUUCUAACGAACAUUGACUUUGAAAGUAUUUAUAAUAUCUUAUCGAUUAGUCUAAGUCCGUAUGAGGAUGUUCUCAAAAAAAUUCUCAGAGACUUAGUUUUUCAACGUUUAUUAAAUAAAGAAAUAAAUAACAAAUAUAUCGAUGAUUUAGUACGUAAAAUGAUUACAAAAUUUAAUUUUGAUAUAAGUAAAAAACUUUUGGACACAGUACAGACUAUAGAUAGUUUAAAAGAUUUUGAAGAAUUUUUAGAUUUUGCCGAAGAAAAUAAAAUGAAGAUAUUCGAUAUACAUACUCAAUAUACAAGCAUUUCAAUGUUGAAAAGAUUAUUAGAAAUAAAAUUUUUGGAUAAUCAAAUUAUAUAUGUUGAUCAUUCAAAAUUAGCUUUUAUUCUUAGUAAUUUAUUAAAUAGUAAAUGGACUUUUGAACAAUUGAAUAUUAUUUUCAAAAAUCUUGAUGCUUCGAAAAAUGAAGAGAAACGAAUCAAAGAAAUAAAUUUUCUUUGUGUCCUAGAAAUACUAUCACAAUAUAACAUAUUUCCAACAGCAGAAAAUCAAGAAAAGAUAUUAGUAGUUCUCAAAGAACCAGCACAGAAUUGGCAUCGAUUGAUAAAUAUCAUUGCAAUUGAAGCUAAUUUUCCUGAAAUAGGUCAACUAAGAAAUGUAACAGAAUUAAUACAAGAAUUUGAAACAAAUAAUUCUCAAAAUAAAGACUUAAUAGAAUUAGUUAGAAAAAAUUUAGUGGAUUUAAUAAAUAAAAUUAAAAGUACUAAUUUAACUUCUAAAAUUCUCAGUCAAACUAUGCAAUAUAAAUAUGAUGAAAAAUUGAAAAAGAGAAGACAAGUCUAUAUUAAUGAAUGGACUAAACAUGAAAUUCAAGGAUGGGCAAAAACAAUAAAAGAUAAUGGUCAUUCGUGUAAAAAUACAGACGAUUUUAUUGUAGAAACUUUAGCAGUAAUAAAACAAGCUUAUCUCUUAGACAGUGGUUUUCAUUUGACUGAUGCUCAACUUUUAAGUUGUAUAAUUCUUUUAAAAGCAAAUACCGAUAAAGGAAUGUUGUUGCAAAUAAGAACUGGUGAAGGUAAAUCAACAAUUAUAGCUGUAUUAGCGGUAAUACAUGUAUUAAAAGGAAAAAAUGUUGAUGUUAUUACUAGUUCACCUGUACUCGCAGAAAGAGACGCAAAAGAAAAGAAAAAUUUCUACAAUAUGUUUAAUUUACAAUGUAGUGAUAAUAAUGAUAAAUCAAUUUAUUGGACAGGUCCAAAAUCUUGUUAUAACAGUGAGAUAGUUUAUGGUGAAGUAGCACAAUUUCAGUUUGAUACUCUAAGAACAGAAUAUAGUCAACUUAAUACUUUAGGAAAUAGAAAGUUUGAAGUUGCUAUAGUAGAUGAAGUAGACAGUAUGCUGAUUGAUGAUAGUUCGAAAAUUACAAGACUUGCGACUACCAUACCGGGAAUAGAUCAAUUACAAAUAAUAUACCACACUUUAUGGUAUCGACUUGUUUAUUUACAAGAAAGAAUACUUGAAAUUAAUAAUAAAAUCUAUUUAUUUCAUGGGAAAAUUAGUUCUGAACAAGAGAAAAUCAUUUUAGAAUAUAUUGAUGAACAACAAGGAAAUAUUAUCAAAAUUCCUGAUUUGAAAACCUACGUAGAAUCUACUUCGGACAUUAGUCAUAUUGGAAUAUCGAUUUCAGAAAAUGUUGAAGUUGAAGCAUUUAUCAAAGAUGAUUUAAGAAAUAACAUUAGAAAUUUAAUUGAUAGAUUAACCAUCAUACCAAAAGGCUUUGAAGAAUUUGUUGAUACGCAAAUGUGGAAAUAG